AUGCCUCCUCGCAGAAACACAGCUACCUCGCCUAUCCUACCUACUCACAACCAAUCUCUAUCUGCCAACUGCCAACAAGCAUCUUCCGAUCGUUCAAAUCGGCGACAUAGGCAACAUAAGCGCAAGCGCGCUGCACCUUGGUACAAAUGCGGCGAGAACGUCUGGCGCUCCCGACUAGAUACCGCAAGUCACGUCGGGAUAUGUCUUGCCGCCCUCAUAACACUUAUUUUCUUCCUCCGACGAAGCGAUCCACCAGCGAAAUAG